AUGGCCGAGUCAGAGGAAGCCGGCGCCCGCGAGGUGUUAGAAGAAAUGAUGCUUAGGGGAUUCGAUGCCUGUUCCAAGGAGAUGGAGGGACUGACCAUUUCCGUUGACAAUGUGCCCGCCAAGGACGAUGACAAGAAGAAGGCGAGGAAGACGAGCAGGGCACGGGGCAAGCGCCGGCCGGCCAGGGUAGUUGACGUGCACACCUUGCUCAUCCACUGCGCCAAGGCGGUUAUCGACGACCGCCGGAGCGCAAACGAGCUGCUCAGUCAGAUCAAGGAGCACGCCUCGCCUACUGGGGACGCCACGCAGCGGCUUGCCUACUGUUUCACGCAGGGGCUGGAGGCGCGCCUGGCUGGCACUGGGAGCCAGGUGUACAGGUCGCUCACCGCGAACCGGACCUCGCUCGUGGAGUUCCUCAAGGCCUAUCAGCUCUUCAUGUCAACCUGCUGCUUCAGGAAGGUGGCCUUCAUGUUUGCCAACAAGACCAUCUUCGAUGCUUCAGCAGGCAGGAGCAAGCUGCACAUCGUGGAUUAUGGCCUCCAUUCUGGCUUCCAUUGGCCGGAGCUGCUGCGCUUGUUGGGGACUAGGGACGGUGGGCCACCGAAGGUCAGGAUCACCAGCAUUGACCUCCCACAGCCUGGAUUCCGCCCAGCAAACCACAUGGCAGAGAUGGGUCGUCGCCUUACCAACUGUGCCCGCGAACUCUCUGUGCCACUGAGUUUCCAUUCUGUGGUGGCGCCAUGGCACACCAUUUGCAUCGAUCAUCUGAAUGUGGGACCUGACGAGGUCCUCGUCGUCAACGAUCUGUUCAAUUUCAGGACCCUGAUGGACGAGAGCAUCAUAUCAAACAGCCCCAGCCCUAGGGAUGUUGUCCUCAGCAACAUCAGAAAGAUGAAGCCUGAUAUCUUCAUCCAAGCCGUCGUCAAUGGUUUUUACGGCACCACCUUCUUGUCACGGUUUCGGGAAGCCCUCUUUUACCACUCUGCACUGUUUGACAUGCUCGAUGCGACCAUGCCCCAGGAGAGCCAACUGCGCUUGGUGCUUGAGCGGGAUAUCUUUGGCUGGGUUGCCUUGAAUGCCAUAGCAUGUGAGGGAGAGCACCGUGUGGAACGUGGUGAAACAUAUAAGCAGUGGCAGGUCAGAAACCAGCGGGCUGGCCUAAGGCAACUGCCCUUGAAUGGAGAGACUGUUAAGAUGGUGAGGGACAUGGUCAAGAACCAAUACCACAAGGAUUUUGUCAUUGAGGAGGGUCAGCAAUGGUUGUUGCAGGAGUGGAAGGGCCGCAUCCUCUUUGCCCACUCAAUGUGGGCGGCAGAUGGUGCUAGCUCCGAUUAUUAG